AUGGUAAAUAGUUCAGGUAUAUUUGUUAAAGGGAAGCUUUAUUGGACAUCAGUUGCUAGUGUUCAUGAGCUCAAUGACUAUAGUAGAUGCAACAUCAUUUGUUUUGAUUUAGCAAAUGAGACAUGGGGAAUGGUGGAGCAGCCCAAUUAUAGAGAAGAAAAAUUUAGUUUGAUGCCGGGAAUUUUUGGAAGUGAUCUUGUCGUGACUUGUAACCAUGAGGGAAGUCAUUCUGAUGUGUGGGUUAUGAAUGAUUAUGGAGUUGAAGCAUUCUGGACAAAGAUGUUCACCAUUAACUGUCCUGAUGAUCCUGGGAAUUAUGUCCAUUAUCGACCCUUUGCCAUGUCAUUUUCACCACCGAUUUGCCAGUCAAAUAAGGGUGAAAUUUUACUUUUGUAUCGGUCAACUUUUAUGAUAAACAAUCCAAAGGAUGAUUCAAUCAGACAACCAGAGGUUACUAAAUUUGAGAGCUGUUUUGGAGCAGAAAUCUACGUUGAAAGCCUUGUUAGUCCCUCGUUGGUUGCUGACUGGGGACACGGUAACCAUGAAGACUAG